CAUAAACCGAAGCUUAAUAGUUUGUGUCCGUUCUCAACCCACUAUUUUUCUCACAUUGGGAAUAGAGACCCUCCAUAACAGCAUAGUCCGGUGCUAUCGCAACCAACCAUCUACUCCUUAGGACCGCUACCCUCUACACGGUCGUCUUAUUUUCUCCUCUUGUCAAUUUCUUUCAGUCAACGCGCUAUGUAUCUGCCGCGUUCACUGUUCUCUCGCAGCUCGGACUCGCCCGCAAGCGAACAAUGCAAACUGGUUUCAUCCACCGUACCCGUUUGUGCUAAAGACUUGAUCGCGGUUGCGGGCUGUCUGGUCAUCAUUUGUUUGCUCGCAUUUUGGAUCGUUCCGAGGAUCUGGAGAAAGCGUUGUAGAAGCGCAUGCACUGAUGGACGACGAGCUCACGACCCUUUUCAUGUUGUAUCACCUAUGAACGACUCUCUUCUUGUGAAAUGCGGCAUCGUUCCCUCUCCCAGCAAGCCCGAGAAAGUGCGGACGACGGACGUAUCAUGGAUGCCCGCUGCCUAUUAUUCGGAUUCCACUCCCGACCUCAAGUACUCUACUGGUUCUAUUUGUGAUUCGACUCUCAAUGGCGAUCCACCGCCGUACACAUUACCAUCUUUUCAUCAGUUAUCUUUCCUCCCGUCUCCGAAGAUUUCCUCCCCACGUUCGAGCUGCGCUCGUGAGGCUCUGCCUCUAGCCAGUAACGUGUGCGACAGGGGCGGCCACUGUGGUGAGUCUCAGGGAGACGAUACAAAGCCCACGAAGCAGGCUUCGAGGCAGCAGGCGAUCUCCGUUGGACGGCGAUCCCUGCAUUCCAACUCAAUCGAGAUGAGAGGCAUGUGACACAACAC